AUGUCUCGCCAGUCCACCGUCAGGAUCCAGAGGGGGAGAAGUGGCUUCAGCGCUGCGUCAGCCAUCGUGCCUGGCACGUGCCGCACCAGCUUCAGCUCACGCUCUGUCACCCGUGCUGGGGGCUGCAAUGCUGGCAGUGGCUUUGCAAGGGUUGGAGGUGGCUUUGGAAGCAGAAGCCUCUACAAUUUCGGUGGAUGCAAGAGGAUCUCUGCAGCUGGAAGGGGUGGGGGCUUCUAUGGCCCCGCAGGGUUUGGUGGAGGUGCUGGGAGCAUGCUGGGCUACGGAUACGGGGCAUUUGGAGGCCCUGGGUUCCCUGCUGGUGGCAUCCAGGAGGUAUCCAUCAAUCAGAGCCUUCUGAAGCCCCUCAACCUGGAGAUCGACCCCAGCAUCCAGAGGAUCCGAAAGGAGGAGAAGGAGCAGAUCAAAACCCUCAACAACAAAUUUGCGUCCUUCAUUGAUAAGGUCCGAUUCCUUGAGCAACAAAACAAAGUGCUGGAAACCAAGUGGAGCCUGCUGCAAGAGCAGGGGAUGAAAACGGUCCGGAACAACCUGGAGCCACUUUUUGAGACGUACAUCAACAACCUGAGGAUGCAGCUGAACAGCCUGCUGAGCGACAAGGGGAGGCUGGAGGGAGAGCUCGUCAACACACAGUACCUGGUUGAGGACUUCAAGAAGAAGUACGAAGAUGAAAUCAACAGGCGCACCAUUGCAGAGAAUGAGUUUGUGACACUUAAGAAGGAUGUGGAUGCUUCCUACAUGAACAAGGUUGAGCUACAAGCCAAGGCAGAUGCAUUGACCGAAGAAAUCAAUUUCCUGAGAGCCCUCUACGAAGCUGAGCUGUCCCAGAUGCAGACCCAGAUCUCCGACACCUCCGUGGUGCUGACCAUGGACAACAAUCGCAACCUGGACCUGGACAGCAUCAUUGCAGAGGUGAAGGCACAGUACGAGGACAUCGCCAACCGCAGCCGGGCUGAAGCCGAGUCCUGGUACCAAACCAAGUAUGAAGAGCUGCAGGCUACCGCAGGCAGGCACGGGGACGACCUCCGCAGCACCAAGCAGGAGAUCUCUGAGCUCAACCGCCACGUCCAGCGGCUGCGGGCUGAGAUUGACAGCGUGAAGAAACAGUGUGCAAAUCUGAAAGCAGCCAUUGCGGAUGCUGAGGAGCGCGGGGAGAUUGCCCUGAAGGAUGCCAAAGCAAAACUGGCUGAGCUGGAGGAUGCCCUGCAGCAGGCAAAGGCAGACCUGGCCAGGCAGCUGCGCGAAUACCAGGAGCUGAUGAACGUCAAGCUGGCCCUGGACAUUGAGAUUGCAACCUACAGGAAGCUGCUGGAGGGCGAGGAGUGCAGGCUGGCUGGAGAUGGUGUCCCAGUGAAUAUCUCCGUGACCAGAACCACUGUGGGAUCGGGAUAUGGAGGAGGAAGCAACCUCAGCAUGGGGGGUGGCAUGUGCAGCAUGGGGAACAACUACAGCUGCAGUGGGUCCGGGGGGACCAGUGCCCUGGGUGGGGGCAGCAGCUCCAGCAUGAAGUUCUUCUCCUCCUCCUCCUCCCGGAGAAGUUACAGGAGCUAAAGCUCUCCCUCCCUAGCCAGAGAACACCACGACACGGGUCCUUCACCACAGCAUAAUCAGGGGAAGCAGAACAGGAGCCACCUGAACCCGAUGUCCUGUGGCGCAGGAGCCUCACUGGAAACCUCCUCUCUUGCACACAUGCAGGGCUCUGCUGUGGAAUGGAAAUCCCUCUGUUUUAAAUCUGCAACUCGCUUGUUACCGCUCAGCUUUUUGGUUUUUUGUUGUUUUGUUAUUUUUUUUCCAGCCAGAUUUUGUAUAUAAAAUG